AUGGCGCAGAAAGGAGUCCAGCUAGACCGGGAAACAUUCUCUUGUUCCAUCUGUCUGGAUCUACUGAAGGAUCCGGUGGCUAUUCCUUGUGGACACAGCUACUGCAUUAGUUGUAUCAAGAAUCACUGGGAUGAAGAGGAUAAGAAGGAAGUCCACAGCUGCCCUCAGUGCAGGCAGACCUUUACCUCGAGGCCUGUUUUGGUGAAAAACACCAUGCUAGCAGUUUUAGUCGAGGAGUUGAAGAAGACUGGAGUCCAAGCUGCUCCUGCGGACCGCAGCUAUGCCGGACCUGAAGAUGUAGCCUGCGACAUCUGCACUGGGAGAAAACUGAAAGCACUCAAGUCGUGUUUAGCCUGUCUGGCCUCUUAUUGUGAGAAACACCUCCAGCCUCAUCAUGAGGCAGCUCCAUUAAAGAAACACAAGCUGGUGGAGCCCUCCAAGAAUCUCCAGGAGAACAUCUGCUCUCACCACGAUGAGGUAAUGAAGCUUUACUGCCGUACUGAUUAG